AUGUCAUCCACACCGAGCAAGGCGCCAGACAGCAGCACCAGCAGCACCAGCACUAGCAGCGCCCCGGCGAGCGCCGACCCAAUACAGAAUGCGUCAAAGAAAGCGUUCCACAGCAGUGCGCUGUACCUGCAAUCCGAGCUGGAGGCAAGGCUGAACGACGCUGCCAUCAGCAAGUACGAGGGACAGACGUACAAGGAGAUGGAGAUGCAGCUGGCUGAGAUCGACGAUUUGGUUGCAUCCGUCGAUAGCCUGGAGCAGAUGGCGCAGGAGCUGGAUGCAUACUCGCUGCAGCUAGAGACGAGGUUCAAGAACCUGCUAAACGGAUACAAGGUCAAGCCGGAGGCAUUGGAGGCCGUGUUCAAGAAGGCGUGGGCCCACGACAACACGGGGAUAAAGCCCGAUGCACUGGCCCUGUCGUCGGAAUUCAUGACGUUGUUUAUCAAGGAGGCACUGGAGCGCGCCAAGGCAAAGCACCGCGAGUCGGGAUCCACGGGCCCAAUCGACGAGUCCCACCUUGAAAAGAUCCUGGCUCAGCUGCUGCUCGAUUUCUAA